AUGGCGGACCUCGGCCCCCCUUUCAUCCACAUUCCCGGCCUGCCCAACUUCCGCGAUAUCGGCAAUACGCCCAUCGCCGCCCGGCCCGGCCACUCCAUCAAGCCCGGCGUCGUCUUCCGCGCCGCCGAACCCUCUCGCGUCACCGAUGCCGGCGUCACCGCGCUGCAGGCCCUGCGCAUCUCCCACGUCUAUGACCUCCGCUCUGCCGUAGAGAUUCAGCGCCACUCCGCCGGGGUCCGGGAGUGGGACGGCGCAAGCCGUGUUUUCGUCCCCGUCUUCCAGGACGAGGACUAUGGCCCCGAGGCUAUCGCCCUGCGUUUCGUACAGUACUCGCAGAAGGGCACCGAUGGCUUUGUUGACACCUAUCGGUCCAUCUGGGAGGCCGGCACUGGACCCGUGGCUACCGUGCUCAACCACCUCGCAACGCCUGAUGCCUCCCCGCUCCUCGUCCACUGCACCGCGGGCAAGGAUCGAACAGGUGUCGUCUGCGCCAUCAUCCUGUCUCUGUGCGGAGUAGAUGACGAGACCAUCGCCCAGGAGUACAGCCUCACCGAGGUUGGACUGGCCGAGCGAAAGGAAGAAAUCAAGGCCCAUUUGAUGAAGAACCCAGCCAUGACGGACGACCCUGAAGGCGCGGACCGCAUGCUUGGAGCCAGACCCGAGAACAUGCUCGCCGCUCUCCAGGCAAUGCGUCUCGAGCACGGCUCCCCAGAGCAAUACGUUCUGACCAAGUGUGGCGUGUCACAGGAUGCCAUUGAGCAACUUCGUAAGAACUUGAUUGUGGCCAACGCGACCAACUAG